AUGACAACCUCUAUAGAUCAUGCAAAGGCGACCAUGGUAGCGGACCACAUGGAGAUGCCAGAGAAGGGCUUCUCAGAUUCACAACAGCCUUCAAAUGGCGACCUCCAACUCAUCAACACUAUCGGCGAGAUUCGGAGAAUCCCAAUCCCCUCCAGCGACCCUAACGAUCCUCUCAACUAUUCCAAGUGGAGAAAGUUGGGCAUUUUGAUAUGCUGCUGUUGGUUCUCGAUCUUCUCUCUCGUCCUUGUCGGCGGUCUUGGUCCCAUCUUGGGAGUCUUCAUCGGUCUCUACGCUCCUACCGGAAAAUCUGUCCAACAGGUCGUCAAUCUCACCACCUAUCCCAGCUUGGUCAUGGCAUUCGGCAGUUUCCUCAUUCUUCCAUUGACCAUGAUGUUCGGUCGACGACCCAUUUUCUUGGGAUGUUCCAUUCUCCUGCUUGGCUCCACCCUUGGCGCCGGUGCAAGCAACUCUUACAACACUCACAUGGCUUGCCGCAUCCUCCAGGGUAUAGCAGCCGGAGCCACCGAAUCUGUCCUGCCUCUGAUCAUCACUGAUAUGUCUUUUGUCGAUGAGCGAGGUCUCUGGUUUGGUGUCUACUGGGGCUCACAGAAUCUCAUCAACACUGCCUUUGGUAUCAGUGCUUCUUAUCUGGUCGCUGCAACUUCCUGGAGAUACUUCUACUGGGUCCUGUCCAUAUUCGCUGCCGCAGGUCUGGUCGUUGGUUUCUUCCUCUUGAGCGAAACAAGGUACACCAGAUCUCCUGCCUCAAUGAAUGGCCAGGUCAUCUACACCGAUGAAUGGGGUGUCACCCACUUCCUCACCGAUACUGAGGCUCGUGAGCGCAUUGGUCAAGUACAGCAAUCUGACGAACAGGAAUACCGUCAAAAGACUUACCUUCAACACCUGAACCCCGUCAGUGGUAUUGCUCCCAACGCUCUUAAGCUUGGUCUCGGUGCGAACGUCAAGAUGCUACAGGCUUGCAGUUCUCCUGGUGUCAUCUAUGCUAUCCUGGUGUCUUCCAUUGCGCUCGGUGUUGGUAUCGCCAUGUCGCUGGUCUAUGCUUCAAUCUUGACAACCUCUUUCCACUGGUCGGAAAAGUCGAUCGGGCUUGUCAACGUUGGCAUCCUCCCUGCCUCUUUUGCUGCCAUGCUCUACGCUGGAUAUGUCGGUGACAAGAUGAAUCUCUGGCUGGCCAAGCGCCGCAACGGUGUACACGUCCCCGAGGACACUCUCGUCCAACUCAUCCUUCCCUUCUUAGUUGGCGCGAUCGGUAUCAUCAUCUUUGCCAUUACUGCAAACGACCCUAAGAAUCACUCCUCUUGGGGUAUUAUCAUGGGCUGGACGCUUUACGAAUUCGCCUUCAUUGUCGUCUUGAUCACCACGACACACUUCGGAUCCGAGGCCUUCCCCAAGAACCCUGGACCCGCCUUGGUCGUUGUCAUUGGUGUUAAGAACAUCAUCUCUUUCGGCGCCAGCUAUGGAAUUGUUCCAAUGGUGCACACCUUCAAUUACCUCACUGCCUUCAUGAUUCUAUUCGGCAUCUAUGUCGGUAUAUUCUUGCUUGGUAUCCCCGUCUACUUUUUCAACCACAAGUGGAGAGCAUACAUGGCUAGAGAGAAGUAG